GAGUGGACUGAUUGCAGCAUGUGCUUUGGCUGGAAAGUGUUGUAACGCUUUUUCCAAUCCCCUCACGCUGUAAAAUUUAUUUUUGGGACUUCAUGUUUUUUUUCUGCUGAUGGUGAGGAGGAGAAGUAAGAAGUCAGAAAGUGAAUUAAAUCCAAAGUAACGGCAACAAAAAGAAGACUCGAGGCAUACUAACACUAAGAUUAACUCGUACUUUAGCUGACGUCCGAUUUGGAAAAACAAACUUUGUCCAGUUUGUGAGUAGGGAGGAAGAAGGAGUUGGGAUACACAGUUGCUUUCUUUGGUAUACAAUACCGUUCACUGAAUAGCAGUAGUGUACGUCGACGUGCAGGAUGAAAGCAGUCUGUAAAGGAGAAUCGAACCGCUGGUAGGGGCUAUAAUUAGUAUUGGAAAUUUAAUUGAGGGAGUUCCCUUUCCUUGCUCUCGCGCCGCAGUAUCCUGGGAUUAACAGCCAUGGUGUGUCGGCGUAGCGUUGCCUGCUAGGUGUCAGGAAGGCUGGAGCUGCACCGUGAUUUCUGAAGCCUCGCUUGGGAGAUCUGCUAAGGACAGAAAAAAGUUUAUGAGAAAGAUCAGUCCCAGGAGUAAAAUUAAGAGCACCUAUCCAGUCGUCCAGAUUACGUUUGAAGGAAGAUAUUGAAUCACAUUGCUUAGCCUACAGUGGACAUCUGUUCCAGAGAGGGGGAAGGUACCAUAUCACCUCUGAGGCAAGGUUAAAGCAGUUGGAUGAGACCUUGUUGAAAUAAUGAAUCAUCAGUUAGUGUUCUAAUCCUCAUCUCUUGGUGGUGUAUCAACCACAGAUCCAAGUAGCCCUACCCAGCACCAUCUAAAAAAAGACUCACUGGUAUCCAGGGAACCCCCAUUUCCUCCUCCAGGAGAUGCUUGCUUGAUCGUUGCUAAGGGAGUUUCCACGGUAACAUGCGUUUCCUGUUUACACCUUUAUCUGGGGAAGUUGGACUUGGCUGAUGCUUGUGUUUUCACUGAAAGGGCUAAGGACUAAAUCAGAGACUCUGGGAUCACUUUGGUGUCUCCUGUAGAAUUUGCUGCUCUUUUUUUCCUCGAAUCUGGAAUUGCCCAUUCCUCUUUGUAAAUUGCACUUUGGACUACAGUCUGCAGGACCUUUUAGCUGCCUAGAAUUUGGAAACUAAACCGUUAGUAACAAAAAUGACUAACAGCACAGCAGACCACCAUCCUGGGAAUUCAUUUGCUGAGGGCAACCAUGAAGGAGACUUUGGCUGCAGCCUGCAGGAUCUGCGGGGCCUCAUGGAACUGCGGGGAACAGAAGCAGCUGCAAAAAUUAGUGAUCUGUAUGGGGAUGUUCAGAAUAUAUGUAAGCGGCUGAAAACCUCUUCAGUUGAAGGUUUAUCUGGAAACCCAGCCGACCUUGAAAAAAGGAGGCAAGUUUUUGGGAAGAACUUCAUCCCACCAAAAAAAGCCAAAACAUUCCUUCAGUUGGUAUGGGAAGCUCUUCAGGACGUGACAUUAAUUAUUUUAGAAAUCGCUGCCAUUAUUUCAUUGGGUCUUUCCUUUUACCACCCCCCUGGUGGUGACAAUGAAGCAUGUGGCCAGUCAUCGGGAGGGGCAGAGGAUGAAGGAGAGGCCCAAGCUGGCUGGAUCGAAGGUGCUGCCAUCCUUUUCUCUGUCAUGAUUGUUGUGCUUGUGACCGCAUUCAAUGACUGGAGUAAAGAGAAGCAAUUCCGAGGUUUACAAAGCCGGAUUGAGCAGGAGCAAAAAUUCACUGUCAUCCGAAAGGGGCAGGUCAUCCAAAUUCCUGUUGCUGAGAUUGUGGUGGGGGACAUUGCACAGAUUAAAUAUGGUGAUUUGUUGCCGUCUGAUGGGAUCCUCAUUCAGGGCAAUGAUUUAAAAAUCGAUGAGAGCUCAUUGACAGGAGAGUCAGACCAUGUAAAGAAGUCACUGGAGAAGGACCCCAUGCUGCUUUCUGGUACCCAUGUGAUGGAAGGCUCCGGAAGAAUGGUGGUCACAGCAGUGGGUAUAAACUCGCAGACUGGAAUUAUCUUCACACUUCUUGGAGCUGGUGAAGAGGAGGAAAAGAAAGUCAAGAAAAGUAAAAAACCAGGACCCCCUGAGAAUCGCAACAAAGCUAAAGCACAGGAUGGGGUGGCCUUGGAAAUCCAGCCACUGAAGAGUGAGGAGGGGGUGGAAAAUGAAGAGAAGGAGAAGAAGAAAGUCAACAUCACAAAGAAGGAGAAGUCAGUGCUCCAGGGAAAACUCACGCGGCUCGCUGUCCAGAUUGGAAAAGCAGGCCUCCUCAUGUCUGCCAUCACCGUUAUUAUCUUGGUGCUGUAUUUUGUGAUUGACACGUUUGGGGUUCAAGGCCGACCCUGGCUAGCAGAGUGCACUCCCAUUUACAUCCAGUAUUUUGUUAAGUUCUUUAUCAUUGGUGUGACUGUACUGGUAGUGGCAGUUCCUGAGGGCUUGCCAUUGGCUGUCACAAUUUCCCUGGCGUACUCUGUCAAGAAAAUGAUGAAGGACAACAACUUGGUAAGACACUUAGAUGCCUGUGAAACCAUGGGGAAUGCCACUGCCAUUUGUUCAGACAAAACUGGCACCCUUACCAUGAAUCGCAUGACAGUAGUCCAGGCCUACAUUGGAGAUACACACUACCGCCAGAUUCCUGACCCAGAAGCACUACUGCCAAAGAUUCUAGAACACAUUGUCAAUGGAAUUGCUGUCAACUCUGCAUACACUACCAAAAUCCUGCCCCCAGAAAAAGAAGGUGGACUUCCACGCCAUGUUGGAAAUAAAACUGAGUGUGCCUUGCUGGGAUUUGUGCUGGAUUUGAAACAAGAUUACCAAGCUGUCCGGACUGAGAUUCCAGAAGAGAAGUUGUACAAGGUGUAUACUUUCAAUUCUGUCCGCAAGUCUAUGAGUACAGUGCUGCAAAACCCUGAUGGCAGCUUUCGAAUGUACAGCAAGGGGGCUUCAGAAAUCAUUCUAAGGAAGUGUUCAAAGAUCAUGGACAAAAAAGGUGAAACAAAGGUAUUUAAACCACGAGACAGAGAUGAAAUGGUGAAGAAGGUGAUUGAACCAAUGGCAUGUGAUGGACUUCGCACAAUCUGCCUAGCAUUUAAGGACCUCCCUGCCCAUCCAGAGCCAGACUGGGAUAGUGAGAGUGACAUACUUUCUGAUCUAACAUGUAUUGCUGUUGUAGGAAUUGAAGAUCCUGUUCGACCAGAGGUGCCUGAAGCAAUUACUAAGUGUCAGCGUGCGGGCAUCACAGUCCGCAUGGUGACUGGUGACAACAUUAACACCGCACGAGCUAUUGCCACCAAGUGUGGCAUCCUGCAGCCAGGGGAGGACUUCCUGUGCCUGGAAGGGAAAGAGUUCAAUCGCAUCAUCCGAAAUGAGAAAGGAGAGGUGGAACAGGAGAAGCUAGACAAAGUGUGGCCCAAGCUCAGAGUCUUAGCACGGUCUUCACCAACAGACAAACAUACACUGGUGAAAGGUAUUAUUGACAGUACAGUUGGAGAGAGGAGGCAGGUUGUGGCAGUAACAGGUGAUGGUACCAACGACGGCCCAGCCUUGAAGAAAGCAGAUGUUGGAUUUGCCAUGGGUAUUGCCGGAACAGAUGUGGCUAAGGAAGCAUCUGACAUCAUUUUGACAGAUGACAACUUCACCAGCAUCGUGAAAGCUGUUAUGUGGGGUCGAAAUGUCUAUGACAGUAUCUCCAAGUUUCUGCAGUUUCAGCUCACUGUUAACGUGGUGGCAGUAAUUGUGGCCUUCACCGGUGCCUGCAUUACACAGGAUUCACCUUUGAAAGCUGUACAAAUGCUGUGGGUGAACCUGAUCAUGGACACAUUUGCUUCACUUGCCUUGGCGACAGAGCCACCCACUGAGUCUCUGUUGCUCCGUAAGCCAUAUGGGAGGAACAAGCCUUUAAUUUCUCGGACAAUGAUGAAGAAUAUCCUGGGCCAUGCUGUCUAUCAGUUGGUAAUUAUCUUCACCCUUCUGUUUGCAGGUGAGAAGUUCUUUGACAUCGACAGUGGAAGGAAUGCUCCUCUUCACGCCCCACCUUCAGAGCACUACACCAUUGUCUUCAACACCUUCGUCAUGAUGCAGCUGUUCAAUGAGAUCAACGCACGUAAGAUCCACGGGGAGAGAAAUGUCUUUGAAGGCAUUUACCGUAACCCCAUUUUCUGCUCUGUUGUACUGGGAACAUUUGCAGCUCAGAUCAUCAUUGUGGAGUUUGGCGGGAAACCCUUCAGCUGCUCUGGGCUCUCCAUAGACCAAUGGCUCUGGUGUGUUUUCAUUGGGGUUGGAGAGCUACUUUGGGGACAGUUAAUCAAUGCUGUUCCAACAAGCCGUCUCAAGUUCCUGAAGGAGGCAGGUCAUGGAAUUAAAAAGGAAGACAUUCACGAUGAGGAACUCCCAGAAGGUAUAGAUGAGAUAGAUCAUGCAGAGAUGGAGCUUCGCCGUGGACAGAUUCUCUGGUUCCGAGGUCUGAACAGGAUACAAACUCAGAUCAAAGUAGUGAACGCAUUCCGUAGCUCACUGUUUGAGGGCCUUGAGAAACCGGAAUCCCGAAGCUCCAUCCACAACUUCAUGACCCACCCAGAGUUCACCCUAGAAGACGACGAGCCCAGACAUCCCCACUCUGAUGAGUUAGAUGCAGAGAUCGACAGACUGAGAAAGCGAGACAGCCCCAGCUGCUCUUCUGCUCUCAAUAAAAACAACAAUGCUGUAGACACUGCCUCUGUGAUGAACAUUGUGCCUCAAUCUGGGAGCUCAGUACACAGCCUGGAGACAUCUAUUUGACAAAAUCCUACCAGGCCCUCGCUAGAGAGCACCAGUGAGGGUUGCCACUUUGUGCCCUGUAUUCAUUUCUUGGCCUCCUCUUCUUCUUAAGUACUCCUAGAUGGGAGGAGGAGGAGGUCUCAGUUUUUCAAAGGCUGAAUACCAGGUUUGCAUCUCUUUUGGCUGCAGGUGAAAGUGUGUUUCCCUAACGUGGACUUUUCAGCUUGGGUUAAACUUUUGUUUUGUAUUAUUGUUGUCGCCAAAAAAAAAAAAAAGAAAAGAAAAAAAAAGUACACAAAAAAAAAACUGCAUGCAAAAAUGUAACUUGAUCAAUGAGUGCAGAUAAACAAAGUUACAUCCUACUUCCACAGUUCAGCUCUCCAACAGUAUGUCUGCCAUUGCUGCUGUGUAGAAGGUGAACUUUCCAGUAGACCUUUGUACAACAAUAUCAUGCUUGGAGACAGUUUACGUUAAGUAGGAUGCUUGGCUGUGUAAUAUAAAUUAAUGGAAUGAACAGGAAUCUCAGGAGUGGGGCAUCUUUAUAAAAAUGUCAUGGGGGAAUUGGUUCUGACAUUGCAUAAGGGAAAAAUAAACAGGGCUUUCAGUGGAAGAACAGCAACCCUCUAACUCUCUGCUUUCUUCUAUUCCAAAUUUUAAAGGCUGCUUUUGUCGCAUUUUAUUUAAUUCAUUGCCAUAAACACUUUAAAUUAUGAGUAGGAAGAUUAAAUGUUAUAACUUGUGUUCAGGGCUUGCCCAGUUUUAAAAGAAAUAUAAAGAAAAUGUUGUUAUAGCAAUCUGAAAAUAUAUUUUACCUGGUUUGUACACAAGACUUUGUUAGGCUUUUCAAAUUUAGAAUUGUAAGUCAUCCGUAAGAAUUAAAAUCCACAGGGUUUAGGAUAUUAGGUUUCAAUGACCGCUAACUAGGUAGUGUAAAUAAGCGGGUAAUUAAUUGUUCUGGUUACAACAACCUUGGCUUUGGCAUAUACAAAGUAAAACUAAUGUCUGAAGUUGUUUAAAGCCUACAAAAGGCUAAUUUGAUAGAUUAGAAAAGCUAUCACCCUCAGGAUCAAUAAAGAAAGCUAGAAAGUAAUCUUGGUUGAGGUUGUUUUCCUAUUGGCAGUUUAUUUUUAGAACCAUGUACUGAAACUUUUUUUUUUAACCAUCAGUUUGUAGAGGUGUGGUGAUGACAAAACAUGACGGAGGCCACUUCUAAAUUAGACAAGUCUAGUGGAUGUUUGCCAGACUCUUUUGUGAUCAGUAACUUGAUCCUAUUUAUGAAAUAUCUGAAUUAGUGAACCAUCAUUAAUUUUGUACACAGGUUCCUUAAUACUAAACAUAUGAUAAGCAGUAACUUCUAAAGCAGCAAUGCAAUGAAAAACAAGAAAUUACAAGCUUCAACUGUGGUUAGUCAAAACAUCUGCAGAUCUUUGCAGAGUGUCACUGUUGUUUUCUGUGCUGAGCAAUGACACAGCUUCUAUACUUUUACCUGACCCUUUCCACUUCUACAGUGUUGCUUCCGUGGCAAUAUGACGUCAUGCUUUUGUCUUGUAAAAAUAAACACGUUAAAUAAGUCCAGGUUGAUUGCACUGCUGCUGUGAAAUUCGUAUUACUACUUCAGUUACGCAGUAUUGCUGCAUAUUCCAGGCCUGGGCCUAGCCUGAUAAACUCAGUCUUGCUUAUUUAUACUGUCAAGUUUACAGGUGUGCAUUUAAGUGAUGCUUUUAUUCAUGAACCAGUUUUAUGGGCUUUCUGGUGAUUGUACUUAUUAUAAUUUAGUAACUCCAUGUAAUGGCUGGUAUUCUAGGCUUUAUAAAAUUAUUACAACAACCUGCCUAAUUCUGCCUUAACUUAAAAGUAGAUUACAAUUUUCUCUUUGUAAUCUCCACACACAAGUAUAAAAUAAAAUGUAUUUAGAGUAUCUGGCUACUUAAUUGUCAUUGUCUCUCUCUCUCUCACACUCGCUCAUACCUGCACACACACACACACACACACACACUACUACCACUUUUUUCUUUAAUCCCUUACACUAUCAACUGUAUAAAAAGGUGCAGUUGCUUUAUUGAACAUUUUUCAAACACCAUUUAUGUUUAAAGAUUUUAAAAAUCCUUGUCAGCACCUUUUUGGGACUUCCCAAUUUUUAUAGCAUGCUAACAUGUAAAAAAAAACCUUUAUGAACAGACAACAGAAUAUGUACUAUUCCCCAGUCUCACACAGUAUUCCUUGUGUACUGUCACUGGAAGCCAUGAGCAAUUUCCACUACUGUGUUCAUGUAUAUUUUUAAUGAAGAUACAAGGUCAGUCCAUGUUUUAUGCAAAUGCUGUUAUGUUCCAUGCAUCACCUCAGACCAUAUCAUAGUUUUCAUGUAGUUAGAACAUAUUUCUGAGAUCAUGUCUACAUUUAAGUGCAAGCUUUUUCUAUUUUUAAUCAUGGUAAUGGCUGGUUGAGUUAGCAAGGUUAAACUGAGCUACACUUUUUGUACUGGGCAUGCAGUGCAUGUAGGUGUACAUCAAAAUAAAAUUAGUAGUCUUCGUGGCAGUUACAGCAAUGAGCAGUGAACUAGGUUGCUGCUUUCUGUAGGUAAAAUUUGGUUUGAUGUCUACCCUCUCAAAUUCCCGAAUUCAGCAAGUCACUUAACCUCCUCAUUGAAUGUGUGUUGUUAUUUAAUAGUCUUUACAUGGAUAAUAAGGGAAAAAAUAAAGCAGGUGAAAAAUAAGACAUUUCUAAAUGUAUGUGGUCUGUGGUGAUAAUUAAUAUUAGCCUUUAGACCUUUAUUCUGUUUCAGACAUCCAUUUCACAGUAGCCAUUCUAUAGUUAUGCUGACUCUGCCUUAAACUUUGCUUAGCGUUAGAAAACAAAAUGCAUCUGCUGAUGGCUGUGACUGGAUAUUGACUGCUGUGCAGAUAAAUGGAGGAACACUGUUUGGUACAUGGCUGAGAACAUUCAGUCACAAUGUUGUUCAUACUGUGUCUGCAGGACAGUCAUGAAACCAAAUCAAGCCAUGUUAAAAUGAGCACCUGUUGUGUUAUCUCUGACAAAGGUAAAAUAGUCUGGGAGUUGGAGCAAGGUGAGCUGUAUGAAAGGUAAUCUGAAGAAGAGGGGGGAAAAAGAGGUAUGUAAGAAAUAGUAGGUGUACUGAGAUGUAGCAUCCUCUUCCCUCACUUCUUUGGGACAAAUAAUCCUAUUCCCUCCACGGUGAGAUUCAAAACCUUGACUAACAGCUCAGUGUAUGACACUACUGAAGCUUCUCACUCAGUUCUUAGCAAGACUGACCUGUUUAGAAAGCAUAAUUCAUAAACCCUUCAUUGAUAGUUAAUGAAGCGAUUUGGUGGGCUGCAUUUGGUCACAGACAGGUGUAGCACAGCCACCCCCAUCAGUAUGCCAUUGCACUGGCAACAUGACAGUGCUACUGUGCCAUUACUGGGGGGUUGUGCACUUUUUUAACCACUGUAAUAUUAAAUGAAGUAAAUAUUAAUGUUUAACUAGCUUUAACUGCAUAGAGAGGCUGGAGCAGCAAAAGGGAACAGUUUGAAUGACACCUAUUGCAAAAGAAUGCCCCAGUACUCUAGAUGUCUCAGCAUAUCAGACUGAACUACAGUCCUGCCUGUUCUGAAGCACUUGGAAGAGCCUAGUGUGGUUAUUCUGUAGCACUGUUAGCUGGUGUUUGUGAACUACAUGAAUGCUAACCACUGAGCUGAAAUCCAUGUAGUUAAUUACGACAGAAGCAUGUUUGGCAUCAUAUCUCUCAGUUAUCCCUAUUUUGAGGGAGAUCCAUAAUAUUUUCUAAAAAUGUUAUGUCCCUCCCAAAACUGGGCAUUUUUAGAAGUUCUAAGUUAAUACUAUCUGUAUUUAAAACUGUCCUUAAUUUGAGGUAACAUUUCCCUAAUUACGUAUUGCUAUCUCAGUUGAUGUAGACAAAUAGUCAUUUAGAUGUGAUGCAGUUUCAUAUUGAAUAAAUUUGCUACAUUCCUGGAUGAUUUCACUGUAACAUUAAUUUCUAAAGUUCACUCAGAUAAUGUUUUACUCUCUGGAUCGUAUAUCAAAAUGAAGAUGACAAAAUCAAGGCAUUUAUAAUAUGUUUAAUGAGUUUAGCUGAAGACCAAAACCUUAAAAAAAAGUCACAGUCUGCUGGAAUCUGAAAUGGUAAUGACCCAUUAAGGUAAAAUAGAAAUGAAAUAGCCUGCUUAAUACAAGCUGUAACCAGGGGAGGUGACCAGGAGCGCAACAUUACGUGUGCCCCAUGUCGUAAGACUGGCCUGGUUCCAAAAUGAAGAGCCAGAAGAAUGUUUUAAUUUCUUUUAAUUAGAAUUUCUGUUUCUUUCAUUGUGACAACUAAACACAAGACUGGAAAGAGUUCUUCCUGCAAGUGUGCUGCAGCAAAACAAGUUUCAUGACAGUACAGAAUUUAAGGGCUAUGCUUCCAGUCUGGGAUAAUAUCAUCUUCCCAACAUUUCUGUACCAGUUUCCUUAAUUGCCGAUCAGGGAUUAUUUGACUGAGAACUUUUAUAUGGUAGCACAGAGCAAAAUAAUGUGUCAUCACAAGCCUUUUGGAAUAGCUAAAUCAGGACAUAUGCUAUUUUGGAAAUAACCAAGUUAAAAAAAAAACAGGAAAGAACUCUGCUAUAAACACUGGAAACUGAGAUGAAGUAUUCAUAUGCAAAGGUGAACAAAGGUCCCAGCUAAGUCCUAAGCAGUCCCAAAGGCUAGUAAAGUCAGUUUUCUUGCAUCAUAUACUUCCUUUACUAAAGGGAUGGCCUUCAUUUAAUAUAUCUGGCACAGAAACACAAGGAUGAGGAGGAUCUGUUCUGUACCUCUCAACUUUCCAGAUUUUCACAGAAUGUCUAGAUUUUUGCUUCAUUUUUGGUCUAUUCCCCAUAAAAUGUGUGGUUUUCUGCCAAAUCACCAAGGAUUAGAGUUACUAACAUACAUUUAUUUUUUCCUUCAGAAAAAUGCAUACUAACACAAAUCCUAUUAUUGUAGUAACUUUCUAAGUUUUUAAGAGCCAUAUUUAAAGUUUGUCCCUACUUUUGGAUCUUUGUCCCCCCCCCCCCCCCAUGUCCCCAUUAUUUUAAGCUUUGCCCAGAUUUCUUGUGCUAAGAGGUUGAGUGGUAUAGUCUGUUCAGAUGUGAAGCAGAUUUGUGUGGGAAUAUGGUUGCAAGCAACUGUCCCUUCAUCCAUGUUCUGACCAACUGCCAUAAUAAUUUCAAGUAUUUUUUUCUGAGAAAACAUAUAAUUCUCAGAGAUUUCAGGGAAGGUGAAGUGACAUACUUGGAGGGGAGGUUCUCGUAUACUGGAAAAAUGUUUUUUUUUUCAUUUGGAUAUCUGUACAGUGGUGAUGUGCUGCACAUCCUCCGGCCACUUAUUUGAACCUUUUUUUUCCGUGUUUCAUAUUGCCAGAAUUGUUCUAGCAUAAGAAUUGUCUGACAGAUCUCUAGGAGUAAUCACCACCAAUAACUAAGCAUCAUCUUUAGAAAGACAACUGCACAACUUUAACCCAUAGUGGAGUUGUAUUUUAGAUUUAUGAGAAGCAGACAAAGUUAUAGGAGCUCCCAGUGAAUUUUAGAGUCAGGGGAUCACAAGUAUUUAGACUGCCAGUUUAAUUGAAGAGUCAAAACACCAUUUGACAGAAAGUAAAAGAAAAUCUUUUAGGAGCCAUUCUACACUAUGUGUAGGGAGAGGCUGAACCACCUCCCCCACCGUUCUCCAUUGUAAUCAGCUCUGAUGUUUCUGCUUCAGUAAAAAAAAAAAAGUCUGAUUCAGGCAAAUUGGCAGUGUGUUUUCAUGUAGUCAAAUUUAACAAACUGUAGUUUGUUCAUUUCUGACUCUUUCAAAAUGAGUGUCACUGCAGUGGCUCCCUCUACGUAGUAGUGUAACUUUCCAAAUCCCGGAUACUCAGUGGAAAUAUAGCACGUCCCCAUGGGGCUCUCUUUGUGGACAAACAGUCACAGUAGAAAAUCAAGUAAACUCAAACUGUUACAUUUUUAAAAUGCGCAAUUCAGUCUUUUUCUGCACCCUAACCCGAUCUGAUUACCUUCAUCUUCCAGUCCCACCAAUUAGCCCUUUUAUUUCUGUUCUACUUGAUGAAGCAGGUGUGUGUGAGAGAUGGGAAGUACGGGUGGUCAUCAUGCAUGGCUGAUUGGGAGUAUUUGUACCCUAACUCUUCCCUGCAUCUUCUGUCCAUCUUCAUGCUGAAAUAGUGAUUUCAAUGCUGGGACUCUGGUGUGUUCUUCAGCUUGCCAAACCCCAGUUACAAUGCAGCAAGGUCCUUGUAGAUUAACCAUCCUGCUGCAGUUUCCACCCAGCAACCACUAGAUUGUGGACAUGAAGCAAGCUCCUGCUCUUCCCCUGGGAUGGGAGAGCUGGCAUUUUCACACACACCUAAUCCUUAAGCCUGUUUCAACAGCAUGUGAAGCCAGGUCACUGGGGACACAGUGAGGGCUGCAUCUUGGGACACCAUGGAGUGGCUGUAGUGAUGGGUCCCAUGUAUUUUGUCAGGAGUUUCCUGCAGUACAGCAACUAAAGUAAGUUAACUGUUGGUUCGUAUAAGUCAUGGUUUUCUGAACAGCUGAGUAAAAACGUACCUAUCUGUAGGCAGUGAGUAAAUAUUUACCUAUUUGUAGGUAAUCUGUAAAAUCUCUAGUGGUUAAAGCCAGUCAAAUAAGUCUCAGAGCUGUAAGUUUUAUAUUGGGCCCUUGUCAUUUGCAGAGAUGGCCUUGAGGGUAAAUCUUGCAGGGUAGCUAUGUAAAACUGUAGGAUAGAAAUGAUCUAGCCAGCACACCACAAAAUUAAUCUUAUAAACUGCAUAGUUUGGAUUUCUAAAAUUGACAGUUUAGGGAAAUGUCCCCAGAGCACGCUAAUUUAUCUAUUGUGUAAGUUUAUGAUGAAAACUUUACUUUUGUGAAGUAGAUACAAAUAUACCAUUCCCAAAAGAAAAAAAAAACAAAAACUGCAUUAUUUUGUCUGGAUGUUUACUAAGCUAUGGACAAUGAUAAUAGGAACAUUUGUUCAAACUAAUUGUGAGGUGCCUUUGUAGUGGAUAGUAGGGCAUUAUUACAUAUGGGGAAGAUCAAACUUAUAUGUAAUUUUUUAAUUAAAAAUGAUAAUCUUAAAAAACGCACGUACCCUACCACAGUCUGUCUUUGUCUCUUUUCAGUUAACAAUACAGUAUUGUAGACUGUAGGUCUUCUUAUUAAUGAAAUUGUUUUGUAAAGGCCUUGUGGAUGUACUAAUUAGGUUGAAACUGUUUGUAAACAAAAGUAAUUCAAAUAAUUAGAACAAAUAUAUUUAAAAAAAAUCAAACAGGAGCACAAAAGGACUGUUACAGACUGAGUUAUCUCCCUUCUGUCACACACACACACACACCAAUGCAUGGGAUGGAAAUCAGCAUUUCUGUUAAGGUGUGUACUUCAAAGACACAAGGUACAGGGUUUCUCGCCUUUAAAAGGGAAUUUGGCUAGACUUAAAAUGGCCCGCUAGGCCUUGGAACCCAUGAAUGUAGCAGUAGGUUCUUACCCACAAAAUGCACACAAAUAAAACGUUUUAUACAAUGUUCCUAUCAAGGGCAAAGUAACUAUAACAGCUUGUUGUUGUGAGAAGCACAAUUUCUAAGUUGUGGAGUCAAACUAUGUAUUUGCUUCUCAGUCUCAAAGUAAUAUUUACGCUGCCUGAUUUGAUUGCACUCAACUAAAAAUGUCAUCACAAAAAUGGCAGAGUGGAAUUUGCAGGACAGGGGGAUAUGCCCUAUUAAGAUAUACUGAUAGUGUCAAACAUUAGUGAUGUUCUUAUUGACUAAGAUUUCUGAGAGUUAAGUCAGGUAGGUGGUCAGCCAUAGGAUAAUGUCCUAGCUGUCAGUUUCAGAUAAAAUGCAUUUUCUUUCAGCUGCAGUUUUAAGUUUUAUAGUUGCAGGAUUGAGUGUUAAGGGUCCAGUUCAGAUAAAUUUAUACAAUAAUAACUGACUUUGGCAUGGUUUGUUGCUGGUCUAUUUCUUGUUAUAUAUAAAGAAUAAUCGUAAAUCUCAUUCUGGAAUACAAGUAGUGAGGUUUUCUUUACUAUAUGCUGUAGGCGAUAGGCAUUCCCAUGAGUGGAUGACGCAGCAGAAAAAGUAUAGAACUGGAUUAUUCCCAAUGACCACAGUUCUAAAAAGCAGUUAAAAGGUAGAGAAAGUGUGAAACUGAAGUAUUACCACUCUGAAGGACGAAAAACAUCUUAGCAAAAGAAGCAAUACAGCAUCAAUAAAUCCUUAAAAUGGAUUGUGGUAUAAUUUUGGAAAAUUCCAUUUAAAUGCAGAGCUAGUCUUUAAAGUGGUGUACACUUUGCUGACAUGUAUUCACAGCUGCAGUUUCCUUGAAGAAAUUGAGUGAAAUGGCAAAACUUGUAGAACAUGAGGAGUUACAUGUUGUCUCCAGUGGUACAACCAUCCUAAAUCUGACUGCAGUAAAACUGGAAGGUGUGAGGGCGCUCUACCUAUAUUAUGAAAUACUAGGCUUUUAUAUUAUUUUCACUGAAUGCCAUUGUUUCAUUCCCUUGGUAAAAUGGCAAAUGAUUUGCAUGCCAACAAAUUGAACCCUACAUUAGAUACAGCUCAUAUUUUAGGAUUCUGUAAAGUGGAUGCGAUUCAGAAACUUCUAGACAAGACUGCAUAGUUACUUUUAAGCCAAAUGAGUUCUACUCAAUUUCCAUUUAAUUUGCAGGCCAUUUUCCUUAAUUCUGUGAAUAUACUAGCUUUGGUGUAACCACAGGUCUAGUACAAAUAUGGCCCCUGUGUCUGUGUGUAGAUAUCAAGUCCAAAGUCAUGCCAAGCAGCAUUAAAAGGUGUUACUUAAUCCUUCUAACCAGCUCUCCCUGCCAGUUCUUGAUGUUUUUUUUUUUGUGUUGUUCUUCUGAAGAGUCUUUAAAGUCUUGUAGCUGGGUAUGAAGUCCACAUGGUAGUUGAAGAAAUGAAGCUGUCACGGAUGAUGUAUUUAAAAAAGAAAAAUUUUUUCCAAAGGUUACGCUGUUCAGAGUACUAUUAUAUUUUAAAUACUUAAGAAGAACUAUAUUAAAACGUGGUGUUCUUAAGUGCUUGAAUAAAUAUUUAUUGAAUAUGUUAAGGAUGCCAACUUUAUUUUUUCAGAUUUUUAUUACCUCAUACCUAAGAGAAGAAACAUUAGCAUUGUGUAAGCUUGCUUCAGUAGACAUGAAUAGUUAAGUGCAAAAAGGUGAACAUUUUUAAUUAUUGGUUUCUUCUAGUUGCCAUAAUAGGAAUUAAUGAAAUAAAGUAUAUGCAAUUUUUUUGCUCAUGAUGAAUAGUUAGCAUUUCAAAAUCAGCCAUAGACUUAUUCUCUUUCAGCCAUGUGGCAAAAGUGAGAGGGUUGUAGCUUCACACGGCUGGUUACUUUAGUAACUUAGAAAAUGAAAAAUUGUUCCAGUUCUAGUCAACUUCCUGUCUUCAAGCAGCCAUCUUUUUAAUGAACUAAGUCUUAGAUUUUUGAACUUUUUUAAUUAAUGUUGAUAAACUGGUUACUAACUAUAAGCCUCUGUGAUUAUAAAAUUAUGUAAAAUGUUUUCUGUUGACUUUGUUUAAAGGCAGUAUAAUACUACAGCUUAAGUUAUUCUCAUUGUAAAAUAGUGCUUUAAACGAGUUGCUGUAUCUGCACAUGAUCAUCAGGUUUAUUUAAAAAAAUGAUCCUUCCACCAAAUGAAAUGUAGGUGAAGAAACUUGGUGUGGCAGUCAGGAAACAAGAUAAUAUCUGAAAAUAUAUCCACUAAUAAGGGUACAGGGUUUUGCAGGAAUAUUCAGUCUUGUUCACAUUUUCCACCAAAUUUCAGAUAGACAUUUUGACUGAGAAAAAAUGUACCAAAAAUGCUUGAAUGCCUCAUUUUUCAGUAUGAUUACUGUUGUUUGUAAAUGCCAGAAAUUGCACAAAGAUAUAUAAAUAGUUUUUAAAGGCUUAGUGCAACAACCCUGUUGAAUCCUGCCUGUUGAAGAAAGUAAAACAGCUGUACUGAUUCAUAAAAUGAAAUGGACUGCCUAAAGAAAAAAUUCUACUGAUUUAAUUCCCUUCUUUACAUUUUUAGUUGAUGAAAGUGAAUAAUGUACUUUGACUUUAGACUUUGCUUUCAGCUUUUUUAAUUUGUUGUUAACCAGGCCUUCUGCUGGUUCCUCCGACUUAAUUUUAUUUUUAAAAAUUGUGGUUGUAUUUGAGAUAACCAGACUUUAAGAAGACCUGAGAGAAUUAACUUCCUCUUUCUUAUUCAUUCAUGACUAAAUAAACCUGAGCAGUACCAGAAAAUCUGUUGUAAGUUUUGCAGGAGAUGUGCGCUUUGUGGGCUGCAGUCCCAUUCAGCUGUCCAGCAAAAAGUGUGACCAAUCAAAUAUAUUUCCGUGGAUGCUGGAAUGAACUUUGAUUUAUAUAUCUAUCCAGACAAGCACAGAAUUACUUCUCCAAGGACACAGCUGGAAGUUACCUUUUAUGUGCGGACUUAUUUUCUCCGUGGGCUUGCAUGCUCUUUGAGGAAGUUUGAGAUGCAUUUCAAAACCCACCCUAUGGAUCUACAGCUAACAAUUUAUAAUUUUCUUGAAGAGUCCUAUUUUCCAUUCAAAGAUAGGCACCAGCAGGCAGAUGUCUAGGUGCCAGAGGUUCUCUUGGAACUAUUAUUGUUACAUACUAGCAAUCUUUUUGCCAAGACUUGUAUUGCUCACCUGUGGACCAGAGUACUUCUAAUGGCCCAUUAACAAUGUAGAUUUCACCUUAACUGAGUCAAACUUAUGGCCAUAUCUUGCAGAGGUUACAAGAUGCAGUUUCCUGUACCAUUUGACUCUCAAACACUAAAUCUAAUUUGGAAUGAGAAACUGUGGUGGUGAGAUCACCUUUAAGCAUGCUAUCAAAUAAAGAUUACACUAUGAUUCUUCUUAACUAGCCAUUGUAGAACACUUUUCUUUGCUAACAGAAGGCCUAUUCAGAUUUUUCCUGUUAUAAGUAUGAUAGACACUGGUAUUAUUUUUGUAUAAAAAUUGAACAUGAACUAUGUGACAUAUGCAUGAAUUAAACGGAAUCAAAUCAUUUUGUGGUUUCAAAGCAAUAUGUACCCUGGUGUGUUUACCAUAUCCUAGAAUCCAGCUUGCAGUGCUCAGAAAUGUGUCUUGCAUUUUGGUAUUAUUUAAUCUCUCUCUGUACAAUGUUUUGCAUGUAUUUAUAUGGUUCUUAAAACAAUGAACUUGUCAGAUAAUACUUCUAGAAAUGUUGACCUACACUUUAUGCCAUUUAGAGAUGCAGAAAAGGACUGAAGUCUAACAGAUUAAUAUGUGGAAAUAAAGCUUUUGCUGCUGAACAUUAAUGACAUGCCACAAAGUUGAAUUUACUUUUUUUUCUCCCAUCUCCCUUGUUAGCCAUAUGCAGUUUUGACAAGCUAGAUAGAGAAUUGGGCAAUGUGGUUGCACCUUCACAGUGAUGUAAUGCAUGACCUUAAUGUUGUUACAGUAAAGUGAACUGACUGGAUAGACUGUAGGUAUGCACACAGGUAGGUGAUUGUGUGAGUACCCCAAUCAGUGGUCAUAGCUGCACCCUACACUGAUUUAUUUUAACAUUGUUUGUACAACUAUGAAUUUAUUUCUUAAGAAUGCAGUUAUUUUACUAUGUCUGUAUGUUGGGAGUGCUCUGGGCAAUUUAUCCAAGAUUGUGGUUGAAUAGACUAACAUUUCAGUGCCUUGUCCUUUGUCUCUGUUACAGUUAGUAGACUGUUUCACUGCACAGAUGUGACUACAUAGCUAGAGUUCUGAUAUAAUCCAUUGCUGUUUUACUAACCUGGUUUAUAGUGCUAUCUUGUCUAAAAAUUUAAAAAUAAAACAGUAAUGGCAGGUAUCUGAUGGUGAUGAGUCAAACCCCACUGAUGGUACCAGACUGCUGUGGGUGUUAAAACUUAGUCUCGGAGCUGCUUCUGUGAGAGACAAUCAGUCUUGAUAAUUGUGGUACGUUAAAGAAACCAAAGUGGGAGUGGCCUGAGUCAGCAGAGGGGGCGGGGCAGAAAAUGCUAAUACAUGUGAGUGGUUUCACUGCCUACCAUGUCUCUUAGGAAGGAGGCUUUAGCAGUUUAGAAAUUGCACAGAAUGGUUAUAUGUCCCCUUGUACUGUGACAGCAGCAGUUCCCUGGAAUCUGACUUUGCACUGUAAACAAAUAUAAGGGGUAUUUUGUAACAAGUAAGCACUCACCAACCACGAUGGGGGUUAGCAAUCACUGGGGGACAGAGAUGCAGAUAAACAGGGAACCAAAAACAUUCAAGGAUGUAAAGCUGAAAAGUCUCCAGCUACUACCAGAAACCUAGCUCAGGUACCAAUCGUACACUGCUGGAGUAUACAAGGUUAAACCUGAGCUUACAUACUGAUAUAGCUCUGUGAUUUUGUGAUCUGCCUGGUAUUAAGUAUAUCUAAAGAUUACAAAUAGUACAAUGUAAAUUCAGUAGGAAAUGAGCUUGGGUGGUACGGUGGCCAUUUAUGUGCAUCGAUGGAUAUGUUUGUUUGGUACCCAUUUUCUCUCUAAGAAGUCACAAUGCUAUAUUUGUACAUGUAAAAUUGAAAACUGACUAUAAAUUCUGUAUAUGAGACAGAGUUCUUCGGCCUUGUAAGGUGUAAUUCAAGAUUCAGGUCCUGCAAAGAUUUAAACUAUAGCAUUGUUGAAGGGUUACCAGUUUCACUGUAUCUGUUGGUGUUGAGGUGUAAAUUAACAGUUAUUGCAAUUUUUUUUUUUUUGGGGGGGGGGGGGUCUCGUUUCCAGUUUUAAAAACUAGACAUUUCAGCUUUAUUGAACUUUGAUGUUAAGGUUGCCAAAAUUCAAAAUGUCCUGACGAUGGCAGGCAAAAUUCUUGAUUAGUUAAAAUCUUUCCGGAAGUUUUAAUUGCGUAAAUGACUACAUUGGUGGCUUCUGGCCUUGAAACUAGUGAUUUUAGUUGAAGAUCAUAUUUUAAAGUAGUUUCUUCUUUGCCCAAAGAAAUUGGAUCUGAAUACCAGAUGUCACUUUGGGAACAGAAUUUUAAAAUGUUAUGAAAGUCUGCCAUGAAUUAAAAAAUAAAAACGAGUUAUUUUGCAGUCACAAUAAUUAAUUUAGAUAAACCUAGAGUUGUUUCUCCUUUCAGAUAAAUUUUUUCCAUUUAGCUGCUUGCCUUGGAUUUUUUCCCUAUCCAGACUAAUGUCACCAGUUCCUCAGUCCUUUCUUAAAUGUCUGCAAUUGUUUCUCUCUGCAUAUUAGAACAGGGGCUCUUACUCCCCACCCCCAUAGAUUGGGUGACAUUGCUACUUAUUUAUGUGCCCUUGUUGGGUGUACUUAUCACAGACUGUUUGCCGUUAUCUCUUUGGAAGUAGGAUGGGUAGUGUGGUGAAACAACUGUUAUUCUGGUCACCUUAGAGUUUCUUCUGUUUGUCAACGGACGCUAAUAGUACAGCAUAACAAGAAGUUGUAUUCCUUGGGAAAAGGAAUCUAGUUUCAGGUAUCUGAUCCACCCUCCCUUGCUGUCCAGUAACAUUUUCCUUGAAUUUAAUUCCAGAAUAUAACAUACAGGAACAUUAACUGCCUUAUUCAACAGCAUUGACUACUUUCUAGCUAUGAUCUUGCUGUUAUAGGUAGUGAUUUGUUAUAGCAGAUCCCCUGCAUUUAAUAUUUGGUUGAACUUUGGGUUCCCCCACACAGGACAGUGUGUGGAAUAGUCUGACUGUAUAGGCCUGAAAUAGUCAGCUACUUAAAGCUGAUUAAUGCCUAAAACACUUCACAUACUGGAAGCCAAAGCCUGGAAGUUUUACAGCGGGGGGCACCUGUAACUCUUCUUAAAGCUCAGAUAUAUUGCUCUGCUGGCUUGUUUGCUUGCAGUUAAAUCCUUACUAGAUUUGUUAUCAGUGGCUUGAAAGACCUGCUGGUGGCUUUGUGUCCUCAUCCCCUCACUCUGCCAUGUUUGCUUAGAGAUUAGUAGUGAUUCCAGUGUAUGUUUUCAAACAUCUUUGUAGUCAUCUGCUCGGUUAGCUGUCCUUACCCUGUGGAAUCAACUGACAGUGGAUACAAGAAUGCCAAAGCACUGAAUUGUUGGGUCUUCCACUGUGACCUUUUUCAGUUAGAUUUUUAUUUUGAUUUCCUGUGGAUUUAAUGCAUUUUCUUAUUACCUACUUAAACUUAGUAAUUUUAACUGCCUUUUAAUAUUUUAAUUGCUGUGAUUCAGAAUUGUGGUCUGAGUUAUAUGUAUGCUGCCACCGUUUUGAAAGGCAUUCUGUAAAUAAAUUCUGGUAAACCACUGUUUUUCUUUCCUUGCUACAGACAUCUUGCCUUGAUUUCUUACUAUAUAUCAAUGUAGGAACCUGGUUUUGCUAACUAAUGUACAGCUGUAAACACAUCCUCGUAUUCAAGAUAAGCGUUGUGGACUACACACAAAAUGAGCAGAUUAUGCCCUAGAAGUAUAUUCAGAGGAAGGUAUUUUUUUCUGUACAAUUAGUGUUGCUUUCUUAAAGGAGUAUGAUAAACGUAUAGGCUGGGUUAAGUAUUAUUUGAAGAUGGUUAGUGCUGAAGUAUGAGGAUAGGGCAUAGUCAGUGUUAAGGUUUUUCUUUUUUAAUAGAAGACUGAUUAUCAUAUAGGAGAACAGUAGAUUAUUGAAAAGUACCUUGAAUGGACCUUUAGGGAUUCAUGUGCUUGAUGUCCCAACAAUGACACAGAGUUUUGUUUUUCUUCCACCACCACUGCCACCUUCAGGACUCUCUAUGGACAGCAACCCGAUAUCUUUUCAUCCUCUUUUGUCCUCAUGCAUAAAAUGUGCCUCCUCCAGUGGAAUCUGCACCAGAAACCUGUAGGUUAUGCAGGGAUACAAGUAGUUCCACACCACAGAAUGAGACAGGCAUGGGUUGUCAUACUGUGUUAAGCAAGUGGGCUAGUUCCAGAACUACAUCCCACAGUAUACUGGGUUACAUCAUUUGAUUUGAUACAUUAGUAAGUCCAUGAGAAUUCUCCAGGUGCAUGGCAUUAUAUACAAAACCAUUACUCUACACCCUUAUCCUCUCUGAGGGAGGUGCACAGAAAUAUAUAUUUUUAUCCCUCCUCCGCAGCCAGGGCUGCUAAGUCACACCUGGCCUAUCUGGGUUACAAUCAGAGCUUCAUAUUCAUGUUGGUUUGCACUUUUUGUGUCCUGCUGGUAAGAAAAUUUGUAGAACAUGCUAGGGACAAGUGGAGAAUCUAGUGCUAACAUGUCAGAGGUAUAGCACCAAAUAUGUUUGACCCUAAAAGUCCAUUUUAAGUAGUAUUUUUUUAAUGGCAUUUUGUUUACCCAUCCAUCUAUCCACAACCCCUUUUCCCACUUUUGCACAUGAGGUCAGGGUCUCACUUCAACAGUGGCAGUCAUCUAGAGCCAGGGUUUACACCCCCAGCUGGCUAGCCCUGCCAUAGUACUUUUUCCCCACCACACACUGGCAGGCGCACUCACACCUAUGGCAAAUUUCAAGUAUCCAAUCCAACUACUGCAUGUCUUUGGAAAGUGGGAGGAAAACGGAGCACCCAGAGAAAACCCACAUACAGUGUUGAUAUGCAGUCUCUAUUUAGAAGGCACCCCAGCUGAGAAUAGGACCAGGGAACCUUUUGCUGUGAGGUGACAAUACUAUCCUCUGCACCACUGUGCCGCAAAUGUUUUGCUUACCCAUCAAUGUUGGUAAAAUUUGUUUUGGUAAUUGACUACAUAGCUUAGAGUAUAUUCUUCUGAAACCAUGCUGAAAAAAGGAGAGUUUCAUUGUGAGUGGCAAAAUGCAGAACUUUCUAAUAUAAUUUUAAUCUAAGUGGUAAAGCACUUGAGGAUAAACAACCUUUUGAGUAUAUUAGCGGCAGACUGCAGAAUUCUGAUGGGCCUACAGUCUUUGGGAAGGGUAGGUCUAUUUUCUUUAAAGUACAGUAUGAUGGUACUUUUCCUUUUUUUGGCAAUUAUACCAGAAAUUACCAGAGCUAAGCAAGAGUCCCGGAAUACAUUUUUUCCUAACUGGGGUGCCUUAUUAGCCAAUUAAACACUACCCCCCAUCACCAGCAAGAGUCAGCUGGUAGGGAGCAGGCCAACUUGCUUGUCCAGUGGAACAGCCUACUCUCCACCAUCGGAGGAUCUCACGUCUGUUGUGGCAGCUCCCCUUUGAUGCUGCUGGCCACAUGCACAUCUCUACAAACUCCCUUGGCUUAAAUGCAUGCAUGCAUGCAGUAUAUACUCAUAGGCUCAUGCUCCAUGGGGGUAUUACCCACUAGGUGUAAUCCAGGUAUUGAUUCAGAGCUAGCUCCCCACAGAGUCUUGAGCUCCUAGUGAAGCUCUGGCUGCCUGCAUCAUAGCCAAGGCUUUACUCUGAUGCACCAUGAAGCUGGUACAGGUCAACAUCUUUGGAGUAAAGGAACAAGAGUUCAUGGUUGGAGCCCAUCAUAAAAUAGAAAAGGAUAUCUAAUGUCACUGGCUCUAUGCAUGUUUUCAUGACUCAUGGUAAGAAGCAGUGCAAUCAACCUUAAAAGUGAGACAACUGCAACAUGUUCCUCAUUGUGAAAAACAUCACAGAAAAAAUAAGGCAAUCAACCUUAAAAGUGAGACAACUGCAACAUGUUCCUCAUUGUGAAGCACAUCACAGAAAAAAUAAGGUAAUCACCCUUAAAAGUGAGACAACUGCAACAUGUUCCUCAUUGUGAAGCACAUCACAGAAAAAAUAAGGUAAUCACCCUUAAAAGUGAGACAACUGCAGCAUGUUCCUCAUUGUGAAAAACAUCACAGAAAAAAUAAGGUAAUCAACCUUAAAAGUGAGACAACUGCAACAUGUUCCUCAUUGUGAAGCACAUCACAGAAAAAAUAAGGUGAAGACUGCUGAUUUUAUUCAUGUAGAGGAACAAGCUAACAAUUCCUGCUAACUUGGCACUGUCCAUGGAUGUGCUGAUACUACUACAAAGCCUUGAAAGCCACAUUUGAUGACAAUAACAACAGAUUUUCAGAUAUUUUAUUGGCAGUAUGGAGUAUUAUUUUAAAGUAAUGAGUUGCAGAUCACAGACCAAAACGUUCAGGUCAGCUUUGAAAGUAGAAGCUUCUGUGCAGUUAUAGUGCACUUUACUUUGUAGAAAAAAAAAUUAAAUAAAAUAUAAUACUGUUAUUGACUGCUGUCACUAAUACAGGGUACAGGGGAUGAAAAAUAGGAAACAAUGGGUUUUUGACCUCCAAAAAUAUUUUUUAAACUGAAGAUGAAAACGGGUACCUCAGGCUCUUUGAUGCAUUUCCUGGGCCAUAGUAUAAAAAAUCCAUUGCUCUGUCUUGUAAGUUCUAUUGAAUGCUUGCUUGUUUCUGAAUGGAGUAUUUGUGUGUGUGUGUGUGUGUGUGUGUGUGUGUGUGUGUGUAAAAUACAAAGGAGCUAUUCUAUAUAAUGCAGUAUAGUUGGUUCAUAUAAUUCUUCAGUUUGUUGUCAGUGAUGUAUUCUGUAUGAUUACUGCCCAUUUAUCAAUGGUUGUUUCAACUCCCAUAUCACUUUCUGAUGACUUAGUACAUUACAUCUACUUUAACACUCCCAGCUUAUCUUUACCAAUGUUAUGUUUCUUUUUACACACCUAAUACAACUGAUGACAUUUCCAAGAAAGAGGGGACUAGCAUUUCAGAUGGCAUGACCAAUGUUUGUAAAAAAAAUAUCCUGCAUAUCCUAACAAUUUUGAACAUUAAUGAUUUAAUCACUUGGCAGAAUAAGAAUUAAUUCAAGCAGUUUUCAUGUAACCUAGGUGACAGUUUUCUAUUUAUAGUGAUUCUGCUUGACUUUUUAUGUUUUAAUCAUGAAUACCAAUAAACUAGUGGCUGUCUGAAACAGCAGCACUGUCAUUGACCUCUCAUUCACUGGGGGGUCUUACACAGUUGUAUUAAGUUUUACUUCUGACCAUAAUAUUUCCUUGAUGAGGUUUAUUGCCAUACAUUAUGUGACAACAUAGUGCUAGACAUCAUUAACAUUCUUAGCAUUUCUGCUUUUAAAUUUAGCUAAUUUUAAAGGUUCUUAGAAAAGCAUUCAUGCAUCCUGUAAGGGGCACUUUUCACCUCCCAGUUGUAAACCACAUGUUCUUUACUAAUAUCAAAAUAUAUAUGUUGCAGCAAGUAGGAUUUCAGCUGUGUAACAGAUGCUCCUACUGCAGUUAUGUAGAAUACAGGAGUUAUGUCUGUACGUAGGUAGCAAGCUAAAACAAGUAUUACAUGUUUUUUUACUGCUGUAUAAGGACUUUGUUUUGUUACAGUUUUUGUACACAACUGUAAUGUUUAUAUUUGUAACAUAACUAUUUGUUGUGCCUGUAGUCUGAAUUAUGGCCAAAAUGACCCAUUGUGUGAUAAGUCACUUAGCUAAAGUGGAAAAUGACUUAAGUGAUGUGUUGUAAUAACGUCAUACUAUUGGAAGGGGAGUUGUGGCUAAAAUCCAACAUGAGUUGUGACAGCUUUCCUUUAUCUGGGCUAUAUAGCUUCUUAUAUGGAAGCUUGACUAACUGGUGUUCCCUUCCAGGUGCAGUAUUACCUUUACAAGAGAUGCAUUCAGUACCAGAGAGGACAUGGCUGACAGGACUUUAGACACAGGCAUCAAAUUGUUUGGGACACUUGUACCCCAUAAUCCUUAUGUUUAUAUAGUAAAAUGUAUGUGUCACGCCAAGUGCCAGAUUCCCUUAUAACAGUUUGGAAGCUGUUAGCAGACAUUAAUGAACUCCAGGCAUUACAAUGAAACCUGCAACCAUCCAUAUUUCAUACUACAUCCUCUGUAGAUUAAAUCCUAUUUGUAUUUUCUGUUUUCUAAUUUAGAUGCAGGACAGCAUUUUCAUGUAUUAUCUGUGCCCCCCCCCCCAUGCCUUUUAUGAGACCCAUUUUCUGUACGACAGUGCCAUAUGACAAAUGUAAUUAGUGGAACUUAUUCUUAUCAGGUUAAGAGUUUUCUGCUUUGAAUUCUAUCGUAUUUGUUCUGUGUUUCCCAGUUAGAACCCAUACGGUGUACCUCUCAGCUUUUAGGAGUGAUCUAGUAUUAGUAGGGUGAAUUUGGCUUCAUGUGUGAAGGUUGUGGGAAGCCUGUCUUCAUCUGGUAGUUAGAACAAGCAAUUUCACAGUUCAUUAUAAAUACUCACAGCACUGUUUCAAGGUUGUUGAAGACACAGGUGUUUACAUUUAGGUGUCUCUCCAAAUAUUUGCUUAUCUAUUCAAUUGUUUAUGACUUUAGUCCCAUUUAACACUUAUAUAGUCCACGUGUGGAUGUCUGAAACUGAACAAGUGGUAUAAUUUCAAAGGUGGCAUGGCAUAAAGGCCUUAUUCAACGGCAAAAGCUUUAUUUGAUGCUGGGUUGGAAAAGAACCCUUUUGUAUGUGUGUGUCUCUUUUGUGUAGAUGUCCACUGCAACUUUGCACCCUGUUUUGUCUUGUCAUUUCAGUUAAAAAAAGAUGAAAUAUUAUACAGUCAUUAAUGGGUAACAUUUUUUAAAACCUGUUCUAAAUAAAAUAAUACAAUGUGUCA